AUGUCUGAUCCAUUGUCGGUUGCCGGGAGUGCUGUGGGAAUCGUCUCGCUUGGUAUUCAAGUGACACAGACGCUUUACGACUACUACAAUGCUUUUGCAAACGCGGAGUCGGAUGUCGCACACAUUCUCACAAAGUUGGAAAGUCUUCUAGAGCUACUCGAUAGCUUAAAUCGCCAGCUCAAGGACCGCAAAUACCGCUCGAACGACCUUCAUGUCUUGGCGUUGGUUGAAAAGCAUGUCCAGGAAUGCGAGGACUGCAUUGAAGAUCUCCGUAAUCAUACAGAAAAGUUUGGGGAUCUACAGCCAAAAGACACUCUGGCUAUUGCAAAAGCCCUCGGUCGACGGCUUGCUUACCCAUUUCGGGAGAAGACAUUGAGAAGGCUUGAAGAGGAUGUCGCUGAGGUCUUCAGUCGCAUGUCUUCUGCAUCACAACAGCUGCAGCUGAAUGACACCAGCAAUAUUCGGAAUGAAGUUGAGGAAAUCAAGACUUUGAUGGACCUAGUGAGGGCCAGCCAGGUUGAUAAUAAAGUCUUCGAAUGGUUGAAAGCCCCUGACGCUACGAUCGACUUCAAUGAAGCCUGUAAGAAAAAGCACCCCGGAACAGGCCUGUGGUUUGUCCAGGGCCCCGCAUACAAGUCAUGGCUCGAAACACCGGGCUCGUUUCUCUGGCUGAGCGGCUUUGCUGGCUGCGGCAAAUCUGUCCUCUGCUCCACGGCCAUCCAGUACGCCUUUCGACACCGGAGGUCUAACUCACAAGUCGCCAUCGCAUUCUUUUUCUUUUCUUUCACCGAUGUCGGCAAGCAGAGUGUGUCGGCCAUGCUGCGCUCCUUGGUGCUACAGCUUUUUGGCCAACUCAAUAGCGGCUGCAACUAUGUAAUGCGAUUACGAGACACCUACCGCAACUCUACGCCACCAGACCAAGUCUUGAUUAAUUGUCUCCUCAAGCUUUCCAGAUCGUUCCAGGAUACAUACAUCAUGAUAGAUGCUAUCGACGAAAGUCCGCGCGACGAACACCGCGAGGCUGUGCUCGAAACGCUGCUUCUCUUACGCCACAAGCCAGGGCUCCACCUCCUCGUGACAAGUCGAGAUGAGACCGAUAUUCGAGAAACGCUAGACCCAUCCUCGAAACAACAUGUCACGAUGAAAAACCUUUCGGUGGACGAGGAUAUCGCUCGCUACAUAUCAGAACAUCUUCACAAGACUGCCCGCUUGUUGAAGUGGUCCAAAGAAUUUGCCCGCAUCGAGAACGCGCUGACGAAGCGCGCAAACGGGGUAUUCAGAUGGGUUGAGUGUCAGUUCAAAGCGCUUGGCAGCUGUCCCGUGAGCCCUCACAACUUGAGCAAGCUGCUCGAGUCUCUGCCCAAGACAUUGGAUGAAACCUACGAGCGAAUGCUCCUUGGUAUUCCGGAGCAUGCUCAAGAGUGCUCUCAGCGGAUAUUGACGGCUCUCUGCUGUGCCAAACGGCCCUUAACAGUGUCGGAAGUCAUUGAGUGCGCUGCGAUUGAACUUGAGCCUGAGCCGGCAUUGAAUCCAGACCGUCGGCUUGAAAAUGCAAAGGCCAUUGAGGAAGCCUGCCCUGGUUUGGUGGAGGUCUACACGGCACCGUUCAAGAUGUCGGACUCGCGAACCUAUGUGAGAAUCGCUCACUUUUCUGUUCAGGAGUAUCUCGAGUCCGAUCGAAUAUUGCACCAGAAAACCGUGGCGCAAGAGGCCACGGCGGCCAAGUCGAGAUGUUGA